UUAGGCUUGUACAUAAUGUUCGCGCUACUUCUGAUGCAGGUAAAGAUCCGCGAUAUCCCUCAGACAGCUCCGUUUCUCUUAUUCUUCUUCUACGCCUGGCUUUCUUGGACGUGUUUGUUCCAGGGUCACACGCCAGCGCAGCGGUGGUGGAGCAUGCGCACACGCAUUAUCCGAUGAAAACUCCCGAUUCCAAUCCCAAUACCUGGGGCCUCAAUCGGACAAUGACAACUCCGAUUUUAAUCGGAGUAACGUGUUUACAUGCACUUAAAUUCUCCUGUUAUAGUCCGAUUAAGGCAAUAAUUCGUUUUUUUCACGUGCAUGUAAACGCAGCCAUUGCCUUCUGAAGGCUGGCGACGGCACAUACUUGCUCCUAAUUCGUUCGAAGACGUAUUGAUCAAAGGGUCAGAGUUCAGCAGCGAUUUUAAAAUUAAAUUACGCUUAAAAAAGUGUAUUUUUCAAUUUAACGCGAAGAUUGCGACGUAUCUCCUUUUUCGUCCAACACAUUGAAACAGCUUUUCAUGGACUUUUAUGGAACUGAAACAUAUUUUUUGGACUGAAAAUACGACUGAAAUGAACAGUUUGGACCCUUAGCGAUACAAACGGAGCGCUUUGACCUGGAUAAUAUUAAUUGUUGGAUCGAUAUGAGACUUUUCUGGUGCUGGAGGCUGGUCACCUUUGGAGUCAGAUCAUUACCACUGGUUACAAGUAGACCUGGGCGCAAGGAAGCAGGUGGUUUCCAUAGUUACCCAGGGUCGAUACAGUAGCUCUGACUGGACUAACAAGUAUCGGUUACUGUACAGUGACACACAGAAAAACUGGAGGCCUUAUCUACAGGAUGGAAACAUUUGGACAUUUGAGGGAAAUGUGAACAGUGAAGGCAUGGUGCGCCAUGAGCUGCAGCAUGCUAUCCUGGCCCGCUACAUCCGCUUUAUCCCAUUGGAAUGGAGCAGAGACGGACGCAUCGGAGUACGUUUGGAGUUCUAUGGUUGCUCAUACUGGGCAGAUGUGAUCAGCUUUGAUGGCCACGGUGUCAUCUCUUACCGCUUCAGGAGUAAGAAGAUGAAGAUUGUGAAGGAUAUCAUCUCUCUGAAAUUUAAAACCACAUCCAGAGAUGGGGUGUUGCUCCAUGGAGAAGGACAGCAGGGAGACUACAUUUUCUUGGAGCUUCGCAGUGCAAGACUACAGCUCAGCAUCAACUUAGGCAGUAAUCAGUAUGGUUCCAUUCAAGGUCACACAUCUGUGAUCAGUGGGAGCUUACUGGAUGAUGACCACUGGCAUUCAGUUGUCAUAGAGCGGUACCGUAGGAAUGUCAAUUUUACUCUGGAUCACCACACUCAGCAGUUCAGGACAAAUGGAGAGUUUGACCAUCUAGACCUGGACUAUGAGAUCAGCUUUGGAGGACUGCCUGUUUCCAUGAAGCCGAGUUCAGGAGGCAAAGAGAACUUUGUGGGCUGCAUGGAGGGAAUUGUGUACAACGGAGACAACAUUACUAAUCUGGUCCACAGGAAGAAGGUGGAUACCACCAGCUUUCGUAACUUGACAUUCUCCUGUGCUGAGUCGAACUCCUUCCCUGUUUUCUUCAACUCCACGUCCUUCCUGCAGCUUCCUGGUCAGAGUGACAGCGACACUGUGUCAGUCAGUUUGUCUUUCAGGACAUGGAACCCCAGUGGGUUGCUCAUGUUUACAGCACUGGCUGAUGGAUGGUUGGAGGUGGGACUGACAGAGGGGAAGGUCACUGUCUACAUAAAUGUGACACAGAAGAAGAGCACACAUAUUACCAUCUCAUCAGGCUCAGGACUAAAUGAUGGCCAGUGGCACAGUGUCCAUCUGAAUGUACUGGAAAACUAUGCUAUGCUGACAAUUGAUGGAGACGAGGCAUCAACAGUCAGAACAGCUAUCCCCAUCCAGAUCCAGACUGGAGGGACCUACUACUUUGGAGGCUACUUCCUACACACUCACUCCCGAUCACUUCAGCAUUCCUUCCAGGGCUGCAUGAAGAUGAUCCACAUAGAUGAUCAUUUAACUGACCUAAGGGCCCUGGAGCAAGGGCUCAUUGGAGCCUUUGAAAAUGUCAGCCUUGACAUGUGUGCCAUUAUAGACAGGUGUGUUCCUAACCACUGUGAGCAUGGGGGUAGUUGUUCACAGACAUGGGAUACAUUCAGCUGCAACUGUAAUGGCACUGGCUACACUGGAGCCACCUGCCAUACACCAAUAUAUCAGCAGUCCUGUGAGGAGUAUAAGCACCAGGGGAACAGUCCAGGGAACUACUGGAUUGACCCUGAUGGCAGUGGCCCUAUUCCUCCCUUCAGAGUCAGUUGUGACAUGGCAGAGGAAAGGGUUUGGACUACAUUAAAGAACAACCUAUCUCCUCAGAUGUCCAUCACCCGGGGUGAACCAGAUGAGAAAGCUGUGCUGCACAUUACUUACAAUGUGACUGAUCAACAGGUACUGUCAGUCACCAGCAGUGCGGAGAAAUGUGAACAGUAUGUAGCCUAUGCCUGCCGGAUGUCUCGUCUGCUCAACAGUCCAGGUGGUGCCCCAUUUACCUGGUGGGUAGGAAGAGCCAAUGAGAGGCACUCCUACUGGGGGGGUUCAGGACCAGGCAUACAGAAGUGUUCCUGCGGUAUUGAACACAACUGUACUGAUCCCAAAUACUACUGCAAUUGUGACGCUGACCUACCCUCUUGGAGAGAGGAUGCCGGCCUGCUGGUCUACAAAGACCAUUUGCCAGUCAGUCAGGUGGUAGUUGGUGAUACACGCAGAGCGGGGUCUGAGGCCAAACUGACGAUAGGACCACUGAAGUGCCAGGGAGACCGGAAUUUCUGGAAUGCAGCCUCCUUUUCAAGUCCUGGUUCCUACCUCCACUUCCAUUCUUUCAGAGGAGAAACCAGCUCUGAUAUCUCCUUCUACUUUAAGACAUCUUCCACUCAUGGAGUCUUUCUGGAGAACCGAGGAACCUCCGACUUCCUUCACAUCGAACUCAGAGGAGGCUCAGUGGUGGUAUUCUCUUUCAACGUGGGCAGUGAACUAAUGGAGCUUGUUGUCCACUCACCAAUGCCGCUGAACAAUGGUAAAUGGCAUCGUGUGGAGGCUGAGAAGAACAUCAAGGAGGCAGUUCUGCAGCUUAAUGGACAAUACAGAGAAGUCAGACCCACCCUCCCCCAGGGACAUACAAAACUAGAGUUCUACAGUGAUCUGUUUGUUGGUGCUUCAAGUGGGCAGAGGGGUGUCCUGGGUUGCAUGCGAGCUCUGAGGAUAAAUGGUGUCAUGUUUGACCUCGAGGAGAGGGCAAAGGUGACUUCAGGUGUUAAUCGAGGCUGCCAGGGCCACUGCAGUAGCUAUGGGAUGAACUGCAGGAAUGGAGGGAAAUGCGUGGAGCAGUAUAAUGGAUACUCAUGCGACUGCUCCCUCACCGCUUAUAAUGGACCCUUCUGUACCAAUGACGUAGGUGGCUACUUUGAGACAGGAACCCUGGUGCGUUAUGACUUCCUACCAGAGUCAGGACCUUCUGCGCUGCAAGAGGUUAAAAGCUUGUUCGGUUUGAGAGUUCCAAGUGAAGCCAACCUGACACAGGAGGAGCUGGUGCUAAGCUUCAGCACCUACAGUGCUCCCAGCAUUUUGGUCUACAUCAGUUCCAGGACACAAGACUAUGUGACUGUGGUGCUCAGACACAAUGGCAGUCUCCAGAUCCGCUACAGUCUAGGGGGGCUGUCAGAACCAUACACCAUAGAUGUUGAUCAUCGUAACAUGGCUAACGGACAACCACAUUUCGUCAACAUAACUAGGAACCUAAGGGAGAUAAGACUACAGGUGGACCAUUACCCAGUGUCCAUUUACACCCUGCCUGAGGGAUCCGACACUCAGUUCAACUUGGUCAAAAGUAUUUUUCUUGGGAAGGUCUUUGAAACAGGACAGAUUGACCCAAUCCUAAUUGAGCGCUACAACACGCCAGGUUUUGUGGGUUGCCUGUCAAGAGUUCAGUUUAACAAGGUGGCACCACUGAAAGCUGCUCUGCGCUCGGGUAUGGCAGCACCCAUCACCAUUCAUGGGAUACUGGUUCCAUCCAACUGCGGAGCAUCACCCCUAACCAUCUCUCCCAUGGCCUCAUCUGGUGACCCCUGGCACAUAGAACCAGCAGGAGUUGUUUUCCCCUUCAACGAAGAUAAGGCCAGUGGUGAUGGCGUGGAUCGCAACUCUGCAGUAAUUGGUGGGGUUGUCUCCGUGGUGAUAUUCACUGUCCUUUGCAUCAUGGUGUUUACGAUCCGUCAUAUGUUCCGCCAUAAAGGCUCCUACCAUACUAAUGAGGCCAAGGGAGCAGAGUCAGCAGACUGUGCUGACGCAGCAAUCAUCGUUAAUGACCCAGCCUUCACUGAAACCAUUGAUGAGAGCAAGAAGGAGUGGUUCAUUUGAAUCCUCAACAACUUGGACACAAGAAGCUAGUAUGUAUGUAGUUUGUGAGGCUUAGGAAAUAGUAGUGAGAUGACCACCUGUGAAAUCUUGAGGAUGUGCUGUGUGGUUUACUUACAUACUUUAUGGAUAAUAGGCACGAUGGCAUUGCAGUAUGAAUAUUGAAGCACAAGACAUGCUGCUGCCUAGCAAAACCCAUGUAAGAUUUGUUCUGUUUACAGUUGGUAGUGUAAUUGAAAGCCUGCUUUCUGAAGAUUGCGCUAUGAAUUUACAGGCCUUGGAUGAGUGAGUGUAAGCCUUAUCUUUUAUGUUUUUUUAUAUAUAUAAUUCUGAAUUUGAUUUGACUAAACAUUUCAUGUAAUUUAUCUGUUUAUUUAUAUUUGUCACAUGUAUUUUUCUCAUUAAAUGUUUUAUUUAUUUGCUUUUUAAAAUAGUUUUAUUGCUAUGUGGAAUGUUCUGGUGUUUCAGCUUGUGAUAUGAUUAAUAGUGAUGAUUAUUAUAAAAUGUCAUGUUUGAUUUGCCUUAUUUUGUAUUUAAUUAUUUAUAAUUUUUGUGUGUACCAAUGUCAUACUCAUCUUUGAUGGGGAUGUUGCCUCGA